ACCCGGCCGUCGCUCCUCCCUCCUCCCGGCUCUGAGUAAUUGACGCACCGCUGCGUUCAACACUUCAGCCCACCAGCUGCUCCUGCCGCUGCUGCUGCUGAAGCUGAGACGGAUUCUCCAUGUAUGGAUGCGCCAAGGAAAGGGAUGUUGUAGGCUGACCAAAGACAGAGAGAAAGAGGAACAAACACACAGGCUGCUGAGAUUCACCAACGAGGCACCGGAGGAUCCGGGCGCUGCUUUGAAUGGGCAGAGGAUUCACCCUCUGCGGUCGUCGAGUCUGAGCUGCUGAGGUACCAGGUGUGUGUCUGUGUAGCCGCGCAGAUCGUCAGCUCUCCUGCUCUCUCACACCUCCUCCUGCAACAUGGCGGCGGCUUCAGUGAAAGUGGCCGUGAGGGUCCGACCCUUCAACUCCAGAGAGACUGGGAAAGACAGCAAAUGCAUCAUUCAGAUGUCAGGAAACACCACAACGAUCCUGAACCCAAAACAGCCAAAAGAAAACAAGAGUUUCAACUUUGACUAUUCCUACUGGUCACACACCACGCCUGAGGACAUCAACUAUGCGUCCCAGAUGCAGGUGUAUAAGGACAUCGGAGAGGAGAUGUUGCUUCAUGCCUUUGAAGGCUACAACGUGUGCAUAUUUGCAUACGGCCAGACAGGGGCAGGCAAAAGCUACACCAUGAUGGGACGACCAUCAGAGAAGGACCAGCAGGGGAUUAUACCUCUGCUAUGUGAGGACCUUUUCACAAAGAUCAAUGACAGCAAUAACGACAACAGCAUGUCUUACUCUGUGGAGGUGAGUUACAUGGAGAUCUACUGCGAGCGUGUGCGUGACCUGCUGAAUCCCAAGAACAAAGGGAACCUGCGUGUCAGAGAGCACCCUCUGAUGGGACCCUACGUUGAAGAUCUGUCCAAACUAGCCGUCACCUCUUACAACGACAUCCAGGACCUGAUGGACUCUGGAAACAAGGCCAGGACUGUGGCUGCUACAAACAUGAACGAGACCAGCAGCCGCUCCCACGCCGUCUUCAACAUUAUCUUCACACAGAAGAAACACGACAUGGAGUCGGAAAACACGUCAGAAAAGGUCAGCAAGAUCAGCCUGGUGGACCUGGCUGGCAGCGAGAGAGCCGACUCAACCGGAGCUAAAGGAACCAGACUGAAGGAAGGAGCAAACAUCAACAAAUCUCUGACUACACUGGGGAAAGUUAUUUCUGCUCUGGCGGAACUGGACUCCGUACCAAACAAGAACAAGAAAAAGAAGAAGGUGGAGAGUUUUAUUCCUUACAGAGAUUCAGUUCUGACUUGGCUGCUGAGGGAGAACUUGGGAGGAAACUCCCGUACAGCCAUGGUGGCUGCCCUCAGCCCCGCUGAUAUUAACUAUGAUGAGACCCUUAGUACCCUCCGGUACGCUGACCGUGCCAAACAGAUCCGCUGUAACGCCGUGAUCAACGAGGACCCCAACAACCGCCUGGUGCGAGAGCUGAAGGAGGAGGUGGCUCGCCUCAGAGACCUGCUGUAUGCUCAGGGUCUGGGAGACAUCAUCGAGACGUAUCGCUGCACAGGCCCUGCCAUCGCUGGUUUGAAAUACCUGUGCGAUUAUAAGAACUUUGUGAAUAAUCGCCAGGCUGUCAAUCAAAGGGGUGAUCUUUCCGCAGUGUCCAAUGCCAUGACAGGAAUGAGUCCCUCCCCCUCGCUCUCGGCCCUGUCCAGUCGCGCCGGAUCCAUCACCAAUAUCCACGACCGCAUCUUCAGCCCGGCCAGCGAAGAAGCCAUCGAGAGGCUCAAGGAAACAGAGAAAAUCAUUGCAGAGCUCAAUGAGACAUGGGAAGAGAAGCUCCGACGUACUGAGGCCAUCCGCAUGGAGAGAGAGGCCCUGCUGGCUGAGAUGGGUGUUGCUAUGAGAGAAGACGGAGGCACUGUGGGCGUCUUUUCCCCGAAAAAGACGCCUCAUCUGGUGAAUCUGAACGAAGAUCCGCUGAUGUCCGAGUGUCUGCUGUAUUACAUCAAAGACGGCAUCACCAAGGUUGGCCGUGAAAAUGCAAAGACUCGCCAAGACAUUGUUCUCAGCGGACAUUUUAUCAAAGAUGAGCACUGCACCUUCAGCAGCACCACAGGUCCUCAAGGAGAAGGAUGUGUCGUCCUGGAGCCAUGUGAGGGGUCAGAGACGUACGUCAACGGGAAGAGAGUGAGCUCUCCCAUCGUUCUACGUUCUGGAAACCGCAUCAUCAUGGGAAAGAGCCACGUGUUUCGUUUCAACGACCCGGAGCAGGCGCGGAUGGAGCGAGAGAGGACGCCGUGCGCUGAAACGCCGGUGGAGCCCGUCGACUGGGCCUUCGCUCAGAGAGAGCUGCUGGAGAAACAGGGCAUCGACAUGAAGCAGGAGAUGGAGCAGAGGCUUCAGGAACUCGAAGAUCAGUACCGCAAAGAAAGAGAAGAAGCCAGUAACCUGCUGGAGCAGCAGAGGCUGGAUUAUGAGAGUAAACUGGAAGCUCUGCAGAAACAAGUCUCUAGGAACUCUCGGUAUCUGGAGUCUCCUGAGGAAGAAGAGGAGCCUGAGGAGGAAGUGCCGUGGACACCUCGUGAGACCGAGUUGGCUCUGUGGGGUUUUAGGAAGUGGCGUUUCUACCAGUUCACCUCUCUCAGGGAUCUGCUCUGGGGCAACGCCAUCUUCCUCAAAGAGGCCAACGCCAUCAGUGUGGAGCUGAAGAAAAAGGUGCAGUUCCAGUUCGUCCUGUUGACGGACACUCUCUACUCUCCGCUGCCUCCCGACCUGCUGCCCGCCAGUGUGGCCAAAGAGAGGGAGAGACGACCGUUCCCCCGAACAAUCGUCGCCGUUGAAGUACAAGAUCAGAAGAACGGAGCCACACAUUACUGGACUCUGGAGAAACUCAGGCAGAGGCUGGACCUGAUGAGGGAAAUGUAUGACCGUGCUGCAGAGCUCCCCAGCAGCGCCGUAGAGGACUGUGACCACGCUCUGACCGGAGGCGACCCCUUCUACGACCGAUUCCCCUGGUUCCGCCUGGUCGGCAGGGCUUUUGUGUACCUGAGUAACCUGCUGUACCCAGUGCCCCUGGUACAUCGUGUGGCCAUCGUCAGUGAGAAAGGAGAGGUGAAAGGCUUCCUCAGAGUGGCUGUGCAGGCAAUCUCAGCUGAUGAGGAGGCCCCUGAUUACGGCUCUGGUGUGAGGCAGUCAGGCACUGCCAAGAUCUCCUUUGAAGACAAACAGUUUGAGAAGUUCCAGACUGAGUCGUGUCCUGGCGGUAUGUCCCACUCCAACACCUCCCAAGAGGAGCUGCGGAUAGUGGAAGGAGAAGGACAGAACGCAGAGAUAGGAAUCUCUGCCGAUGAAGUCAACAACAACACCUGUCCAGCAGAUAUGGAGGCUCCUCGCAGCCCAGUGAAGAGUUCUGGUCUGGGUCUGGAUCUUCCUCUGGACCUCUCCCCGGAGACCGCUCUGUCUCACCUGAAGAUAGGAAGCACCUUCACCUUCAGAGUCACCGUCCUGCAGGCCUCCAGCAUCUCGGCAGAGUACGCCGACAUCUUCUGCCAGUUCAACUUCAUCCAUCGCCACGACGAAGCUUUCUCCACCGAGCCGCUGAAGAACACGGGCAGAGGGCCUCCGCUUGGCUUCUACCACGUUCAAAAUAUCACAGUGGAAGUGACAAAGUCCUUCGUCGAGUACAUCAAGACUCAGCCCAUCGUCUUCGAGGUGUUUGGUCACUAUCAGAAACAGCCUUUCCCUCCGCUCUGCAAAGACCUGAUCAGUCCUCUGAGACCUUCCAGGAGGCAGUUUCCCAGGGUGAUGCCCUUAUCCAAACCAGUGCCGGCCACAAAGCUCAGCACGCUGACCCGCUCCACCGCAGGGCCGUGUCACGCCAAAUACGACCUCAUGGUCUUCUUUGAGAUCUGUGAGCUGGAAGCUAACGGAGACUACAUCCCAGCUGUUGUUGACCACAGAGGUGGGAUGCCCUGCCACGGCACUUAUCUCCUACAUCAGGGCAUCCAGAGGAGGAUCACAGUCACCAUCGCUCAUGAAACAGGAAACGAUAUUGAGUGGAAAGAAGUGAAGGAGUUGGUUAUUGGUCGUAUUAGAAACACACCAGAGGCUGAUGAGACCAUCAUCGACCCCAACAUCCUCUCGCUCAACAUCCUGUCAUCUGGAUACUUCUGGCCCAAACACAAUGACAACGUCUCCUUGGGAGUUGAUCAUAGAACUUUCUACCGGUUUGAGGCAGCAUGGGACAGCUCCAUGCACAACUCUCUGCUUCUGAACAGAGUCACUCCCUAUGGGGAGAAGAUCUACAUCACCCUCUCUGCUUAUCUAGAGAUGGAGAAUUGCACUCAGCCAACUGUGAUCACCAAAGAUUUCUGCAUGGUGUUUUAUUCCCGUGACGCGAAGCUGCCGGCGUCUCGCUCCAUCAGAAACCUCUUCAGCACCGGCUGCCUCCGGCCCUCUGAGAGUAACCGUGUCACUGGAGUUUAUGAAGUCACCCUCUGCCAUGUGGCGGACAACGGAAGUCCAGGCAUGCAGCGACGUCGCAGGCGUGUGCUGGACACCUCGGUGGCGUAUGUCCGAGGAGAGGAGAACCUGGCUGGGUGGAGGCCUCGCAGCGACAGCCUCAUCCUGGACCACCAAUGGGAGCUGGAGAAACUCAGUUUACUGCAGGAGGUGGAGAAGACCAGGCACUACCUGCUGCUGAGGGAGAAGCUGGAGGCGACUCUGCAGGCGGGACAGGAUGCGCUCUACAAGAGCAGCGACAUCAGCGAUUUUGCAAAGAGUCCCGUCCUCAGCCACAGUCCCAGCGGCAGCCCUGCCCUUGACAGUCCCAACCAGAGGCAGAGGGAGCUGGCUGCCAAGUGUCUGCGUCUGCUGAUGCACACCUUCAACAGGGAGUACAGCCAGGUGAGCAGCAGUGCCAGUGAGAGCAAGCUUUCUGAGAUGUCUGCGUCGCUAAUGAGAGACUCCUCCUCGUCUGGACUGAGCACGCUCACUCCGUCAUCUACCUGCCCCUCAUUGGUCGAAGGGAACUAUGACAUCAGACACACUGAACCUGGUUCAGGAGCUUCCACACCGGAUCUGGACCCGUACAGUCCAGUGGACAGAAAGAAAGCUCUCAGAGGAUGCACCUUUGUUCCUGACAUACAGGAGAUCCGUGUCAGCCCCAUCGUGUCAAAGAAAGGUUACUUGCACUUCCUGGAGCCGCACACCAGCGGCUGGGUGAAGCGUUACGUGGUGGUGCGCAGGCCAUACGUCUACCUGUACCGCAGCGAGAGGGACAGCGUGGAGAGAGCCGUCAUCAACCUGUCGUCUGCCAAGGUGGAAUACAGUGAAGACAAACAGACCUUACUGCGGACCCCCAACACGUUUGCUGUCUGCACUGAGCAUCGUGGGAUUCUGCUGCAGGCCACCAACGACAAAGAGAUGCACGACUGGCUGUACGCUUUUAACCCUCUGUUAGCCGGCACCAUCAGGUCAAAGCUCUCCCGGAGAAAGUCGAUCCAGUCGGCCUCACCAGUCUCGUCUGCUCCGAGGAUGUGAGAGGUGAACCAACCUGGUGGAAAACAACAAACAAAUAAAACAAUACAAUCUAAAAGCUCCACUCACCAUCCUGCUCUAAUGAACAUAGACCAUAUAAACAAAGUUAUACAUAAAACCACUUAAAUAACCUUCUAUAUGACGACAGCUCCAGUCCCAAACAUCACUCGAUCGCUCAUCCUCAAACCCAACAAAACCGUCCUUUAUCUCUUUUUGCAGUCACCACCUCAAAAUCCUGCAUGGUGUGCUCCCUCCUGACCUUUAUAAGAAACAUAAGACAAACUAACCACCCAAACCCGUGAAUAAACUUACCUCUGCUGGGCAUUGGGACUGGUUUUGAUUAGCUUUCAUGUAGAAAUCUGUCAUCUGUGAAGCUACCUGUUACCUGUAGAGAGUUAGUAUGUGGUCAGUCCCUCCUUCAAUCAUUAUAACUGAAAAAAAGUCCCAGUUUUAAAUCAGCCAUUCAUGUAUUUACAAUAAACGCCACCAGGUGAGGGGGAAAUUGCAUACAUCAAUGUUUCUCUUUGUAGUGAGAGUGUGUUAAGUGCAGGGAUGAUCGCUCCACAUAAAUCCAUCAUAAACUGUACAUUACCUCAGUUUGGAUUGGCUUGGUGCUCUACAGCAUAGAGUAUUUGUUUCACUGCAGAGGUUUCAGUUAGCAAACAGAUUGGUCAUUUUAACACUGAAGUAGCAUGAGGGAUAUGCUAGGACAAAAGGGUACGUUGUUGUUCCUGUGUCUUUUUUUCUUUCUGAUUCCAUAAAAACUGAGCUUGUGGGCUAGAUUAAGGUGAAAUAAUCCUUUAUCAGGAGAGAUAACUCAUGUCCUUGCCUUGUUAUUGUUAUGUGCUUUUUUAAAAUUGUCAAUAACCCCAUGUGCGUAGAACCAUGAAGGAUCAUGUUGUUUAUUUAUUUAUUGUUGCUAUUCUUGGUAUUCUGCACUGUUAUUUAUUUGUGACAGGACCACUGACCAGUUUUGUUGCAUGGCACUUUAUUGUCUUUAUUGAGUUAAUGUAUCAUUUACUCACUUGUUUUAACCAAAGCGUUAUUUUCUUGUUUUAAUUGUUUAAAAUCAUUGUUCACUGUGCUGCUGUGUUAGCAGGCUUUUAAGAUGUUAAAGAAAUUGUUUCACAUUUUUGGGAUUACAUUUAUUUGCUUUCUUGCCAAAAGUAAGGUGAGAAGAUUGUUACCAAUCUGGCUUGUAGGUGAUGGCAUGAAGCUACAGCUAGCAGCCAGAUAGCUUAGCUUAGCUUAGUUUAGCUUGGCUUAGUUUGUUUUAGCUUAGUUUAGCUUAGCUUAGCUUGGCUUAGCUGAGCUUGGCUUAGCUUAACGUAAAGACUGGAAACAAGGGUAGACAGUUAGCAACAAAAUCCGACUACCAGCACCUCAUAACACACUACAUCUUGUUAGUUUAAUCUAUACAAACUGAAAUAUAAAAACUACAAAUUGUAUAAAAGAAAUGUGAUGUCAGUAAUUGGUUUGUGCACUACAGCAUUGUAGCCUCGAAUCUGGCAUUUUGGCUGUUGCAUUUCCUUAAAGUGUCUUUAAGUACAACCGAACGCAGAAGAAGAUAGUUUUAGGUGAUCAAAAGGUUACACAUAACUUUAAUGAGCUGAUAACACACUGUGAAAGGGUCAAAGUCUGUACACUGAAAACACCCAAAAAGGAAUUGUAUGGCCAUUUAAAUGUACACAGUGCCAUCGACCGAUGAAACUAAUUAGCCUCUUUUUUUAUUUUUUUUUACAGCCAGUGGAGUCGCCCCCUGCUGGCCUUUUGAAAGAAUGCAGGUUUAAGAGCGCUUCGUAACAAUGAUAAGUUGAGGUUUUUUUCAGGGGAGUCAUGUGCCCGGCUACUUCUUGGUGUCUUCCAGGACAAACAAAGAUACAAUUUAGAUAUAUUGUAUGAAUAAGUGAGCUUUAAGUGUGCUGGUACCCAGAUUAUUUACUUUCAAAUUGAGCUGGGUCAACGAUUUCUCCUGUUUCCAGUUUCUAUGCUAUGCUAAGCUUCUAACAUCUUCUCACUACAAACCCAAGUGUACCAUCCAGUCUGUAUGUCAUAUGGAGUUUCCCUCCCUCAUGGCAAUAUGCAUAACCUCACAGUGUAACUUUAGGAAAGAAAGCAAAUAAGCCAAUUUUUUUAAGUGUUGAUCUAUUCUACCUAAAUUAACCUAAGAUGUUUUACAUGGUAAAUACACCAGGAGGACAACUGUUGAUCAAAUAAGCACUUAUUCUGUCUGUUAUGGGCCAGCAGAGUUGCUACAGUAAAUAUGUUUACUACUUAGAGUCCUCCAGUAGCUAAAAGGAAAGUUGUGAUCGAACAUGGACCUGUAAUCUGUUGAAGGCCGUUGCUUUGAGUGGGCAAGAGCGUUGUCCAUGCACCAGAUAGUGCCUCCCUUUCUUCACCUCUUUUUCUUCUCUCCCUCUUUCAUCGUUGUAAUUGACAUUAAAGUGAGUCACAUGUGUCCAAGAUUAAGCUUUUAUGUAGAGUAAAAGUAGAUGCUGUGAAUUUUUUUUUUUUAAAUACUGAUGAUCUAUGUCAAUGUUUUGGAGAGUGAAUAUUAUCAAUGAUGCUAUAUAGUAUGUUGGUAUAGCCUGUAACGGUACAGCGUAUAUCUCAUUAUCACUGACUAUAAAUGUUGCAUUUAAAAGCAAUCCCCCUCUUAGCUUUUGUACUGUAGCUGCUAGAUAUUUGACAGCUUGAAGCUUGUGUCAGAAACCAGUACAGUAUGAUUAGCUCGGUGUUGUUAUGACUUUUUAUGUCCAGGGAUGGUUUCUAGUUGCUUUUACUUGCUGUCUGUUAUUUUGUAUUAUAUCAAGAUGACCCAAAAUGUUGGUUUGAGAUCAAUAUUAUUAAUGUAAGGAAAAAGAGUACUAAGAAAAUUACUUGCCUUUGUUAGAAAAUGUUUAAGGCGGGCAUUAUUAUGAUUUUUAUUGUUUUAUUUGCAUUGAAAGGGAUAUUAUCCUCUAUCAUAGACAUGGCCAGCCAACCAUUUUGUCUUUUUCCACUUGUUUAUUGACUGGUUACGAUCAGAUUUUUGUUAAGUAAUCAGGACUCUGUACGCCACAGGCCAUCCAACCUGCUGAGCAGUGCAGCCUAAUACGUAACAAAACUGUUCAUAAUCUGACAAAGUAGAGUUAUAUUUCACAUUGAGAUUCCUUGAUACUUGUUGCGUCCUGUAUUUUUUCUGUUAACAAAGAAUUACAUGGGAUUAGAUCUUUUAUUUAUGGGUCAUUUUGUUAUAAUCAAAUUGUUUUGUGAAAUGCAUAUAGAUAUAUAUAUAUACUGUAUGUUGUCUGCUAGAACAGAAGACAAAUGGAAAGUUUAUUAUUUAUAAAGUUUAGAAGGAUGGAUUAUGUUUCUAAAGUAUAUUGCACUCAUGCACAUGGCAUCUUUAUUUAAUAUGAUUUUGUAUGAUAAUGUGUUUAAGAAUGUAUGGGAAAUACUGGUUUGUGUUUAAAAAGAUAUUAUGGCCCGGUCCUGAAGGGAGAAGAUUAGAUUCUGACACUGUGCCAUUUUUGCUUCAGCAAUCAAACCACCAACAACACUGCAUCAAAUUAUAUCGAUUUUUCUUUUAUUAGUGUACAACUAGCAGAUGGCUUGCAAUGCUUCCAGCCCUAAUAGUUUAAGGGGUACAAUGUUAAAAAACACUUUGUGAGACAGUUUUAGUGCACUGGCCAAUAAUUGUUGAAAGGUAAACGAGUUGAUUCAUUUCUAUUUGGCUGCUUUUUAACUGUCAUAGCUCUGGAUCAAAGCAUGCAGGUCCACUUAUCUUCUGCUGUACUCUGUCCCUCUCUCCUGCCUUACCGCUUGCUAAUGACAACAGCUUUCCCCCCCUGAAGUGCUGCUUGUAAAGUAUUGUCAUUCAUGAUCCUUGUAAUGACUAACUGGAAACCUUCCUCUUGGCUCUGUCUUGUAUAUAAAUGAAGAUUUUCUGUGUUGGGUCUCAUCACACAGAUGAUAUUAACUCUCUCUUCCUCUGUAUACCAUGAUGAAUAAGAAUAAAUGGCCUGCUGCUUCGUCAAUGUCACCCUCAGAGUAACGAGUGCUGAUCAGGGAUCAGUUUUUGCACAUUUGUGAGUGAGGUGACCAUCGUGGACCAGGGGUAGGUGAUCGCAGGUCUGCCACUCUUGCUCUGAGCUGCUUGACCGAAGCAGAAACGGGUCUCUCAGCCUGUAAUGAAGUCUUAAUCUCAGUGCUCACGUUUAUCUUUUGAGUGUUCUGGAGUUCUUUCUCAUGUCUGUGGACACGUAACAAAAGUUGUCAAGAAAAAAACAAGGCGAAUAAAUAAAUGAGUGUUGAAACUUA